UAGAGGAAAACGGUACGAAAACAAACACGACGCAAAUAAACGGUGGGAUGAGUCGGUCGAGGUUCUUCACUCCCUCUGAGGUCUCCUCCCACAACACGGCCGACGAUCUGUGGGUCUCACUCCUGGGCCGAGUCCUGGACCUCAGCCCCCUGGCUCAAAGGCACAAAGGUGACGCUCUGCUGCUCCCACUGCUGGAGAGCGCCGGGAAAGACAUCAGCAGCUGGUUCGACCCCGACACCAAAGAUGUGCGGUGCUUCAUUGACCCUCUGACCCAGUGCCGACGCUACUACACCCCCAGGGGGCGCUUCCUGCACGUGCCCCCCCCAGGCCCCCGCUCAGACUGGGCCUGUGAGCUCAGCCCCCCCUGGUGGAGAGACCCCAGCUACUGCAUCGGCCUGCUCUCCCACAAAACACGCUGGAUCAGAGUCAUCAACACACUCACUGCACAGGAGCAGAGACUGGAGGUGUGCAGUGAGGAGACCAUGGAGGAGGUACUGGCUCGGUACCUGACGUACAAUAGCCACGCCCACAGUUACACCUGGAAACACGCAGGUGUGGCCCUCAACAUGAGCCUCACGCUGGAGGAGAACGGUCUCCGUGACGAUGACCCCGAGCUCGAUGACCUCCGACUCGACCACGACCUCUUCAGUCCCGGCCUCCUGCUGCACUUCAACGAUGACCUCACAGAAGCCUGACCAAGUACGACACAGCUCAGGG